GCAGACAGGACGCACAGCGCCCCCCUCGCAGUCACCGGGCUCCUGGCCCGUCGGCGCACGCGCGUGGGCGCGGACGGCUUUGGAAACCGCCAGAAGGGGCGGGCAGCGCGGUGCCGCAGGCCUGCGCGGCGGCGGGGGCGGGGCCGGGGUCAGCUGACACGGGCGCCUGGCGCUGCGCGGCGGUCGGCGGCGGCCGUCGGAGCGGUUAACGGGAGCGGUUGGGGCGGCCUGGCGGGGCGGAAGGCGGGGGCUCGGCCCGAGGGAGGCGGCAUGGCGACCACCGUCAGUACCCAGCGGGGCCCGGUGUAUGUUGGUGAGCUUCCUCAAGAUUUUCUUCGUAUUACUCCAACCCAGCAGCAACAGCAAAUCCAACUGGAUGCCCAGGCAGCUCAGCAGCUGCAGUAUGGAGGACCAAUGAGUACAGUCGGCAGACUGAGCAUUACUGUAGUACAGGCAAAAUUGGCAAAGAACUAUGGAAUGACCCGCAUGGAUCCCUACUGCCGAAUACGGCUGGGGUAUGCUGUGUAUGAAACCCCCACAGCACAUAAUGGAGCCAAGAACCCUCGCUGGAACAAAGUUAUUCAGUGCACUGUUCCUCCGGGUGUGGACUCUUUUUACCUAGAGAUAUUUGAUGAGCGUGCCUUUUCAAUGGAUGAUCGCAUUGCUUGGACACACAUUACAAUUCCUGAAUCUCUAAAACAAGGAAAUGUGGAGGAUGAAUGGUAUAGCCUGAGUGGAAGACAGGGUGAUGACAAAGAAGGAAUGAUUAAUCUGGUGAUGUCAUACACGUCUUUGCCAGCUGCCAUGAUGAUGCAGCCCCAGCCAGUGGUUCUGAUGCCCACUGUAUACCAGCAAGGAGUGGGAUAUGUGCCUAUAGCAGGAAUGCCUGCAGUCUGCAAUCCUGACAUGGUACCUGUGGCAAUCCCACCUCCUGCAAUCAAUCCUCAGCACCUGUGUAACGAAGAGGACCUGAAAUCUAUUCAGGACAUGUUUCCCAACAUGGACAGGGAAGUAAUCCGCUCAGUGCUAGAAGCUCAGAGAGGGAACAAGAGUGCAGCUAUCAACUCCUUGCUUCAGAUGACUGAAGAAUCAUAGAAUCACUUCCUGCGUUGUCCCUUUCCUCAAUGCCACUUAUUUUUACUUGCCAAGCCAGGGAUUUAGCUAGAGGAAGAAUUUCCUAACAGUUUGCUGUUAGUGCAUCCUGUAUUCAAGAAUAUAUCCCCUUUUCUCCUUGAGCAUUUGGAUCUUUUCACUUUCUUACGCUAAACUGAGUAUGUGCAGGUAGAGAAUGUCCUACAGUACAGCGUUGAAACAUCUUUGAUAUCACCUGUGCCCUGUUUGGCUGUAUUCUGAGGGAAUAAUGCUGCUUUUUUUCCUUUCUCUCCCUCUGUUCAAAAACUUGUUCUUACAGAAUAACUCUAUGCAGUACAGGAUUUACUACUGUUUGUUAGGGUGGAAAAAUUGCUUUUCCAACGGAGGGUUUGCUUUUUGAACAAUUUAUUUGAAGUGUUUAGGUUUAACCAAGCAACCUGUUUAUAGCAGAAAUUAAAAGAAAGGCCUGCUCCUUGUCCUGCAGUGGUCAGUUAUUGCUGUGAGAUAUUCAACUGCUUGUGAUUGAUGGAAGAUUUUUGGUUCAAUCAGUUAUUUCUAAAGUUGUGCUUGUUGGUAUUUCUAAUGAGCAUCUUCCCUUCAAUCUAGAGCACCUAAGCAGUAUAUCAUCUCGUGUGCACCUAGGGCUUUUAUCACACCAUAGAACAUGGUUAUAUAUCUGUAAAGUCUUAACAAAUGACUUUUGUAACUUGUGCAGUCUACUGCUAUAGCAGAGAACAAGACUGAACCCUAAUGUCACUACUGCUUUUGCAUUCCCAUGACUAUUUCAAAGGACAAAUGCAGAAGGGCAGAAGGAAAGAUUUUGGAGAAUUAAUGAAGCUAUAAAAAUUUAAGGUAUUGCUGUUGAUUUAAAAAAAAAAAA